AUGGGCUGUUUCUCUUCUAAACAUAUCGAUCCUCGAAUGAUCUCUGAACCCGUACCCAUUCCAUCUCAAUCUCACCAACCAUAUCCUUCAACAAACCAACAGCAAUAUCCAGAGCAACAUGCCUACCCACCUUCAGCUGCUAGAUACGAUCAAGAUACACCACCUCAACUUCGUCCUUAUCAAUUCCCUACCCGAUCGUUCGAACCUAGAGGUUUACCUCCAGGUCAUCCUUUCGCCAAUCCAUAUUCCAAGUAUAUGCCGUGA